AUGGGGGCUCUCUGCUCUCGCAAAAAAUCACUUGCCCCAUGCACGUUUCAUAUGUUAAGCUUAAUCAGCAUUUUCUUUUGGGUUGGUUGUUCGUGCCUGGAGAGAGAAAGAGCAGCUCUCUUGGCAUUCAAAGCUUCCUUCCUCAAUCAGAGCAGUGCAUAUGAGCGAUUAAAGUCAAGGGAUUGGUGUCGGUGGUGGGGAGUGAGGUGCGGUAAUGAGGGUCAGGUUGUUGGUUUGGAAUUGGUUUAUUUGGGGGUUGCGAACAAAGAACUUAAUAUCAAUCUCACUUCUCUUCUUAGGCUUGAAGGACUUCAGUUCCUGAAUCUUGCAGGGUACAAGUUGGGUGGUUCGUUCACCAUUAAAGCUGCUGAAUCUCUCACUCUUGGCACUCUUUUUCUUUUAAAUUAA